GCUUUAAGGGUCAGGCUUUGAAGCCCUUUUGGGGAUUCCUCCUGUCUCGUUUUUGAAGCAGCUCUGAGAAAAUUAUGGAGUAUGUAAGUUACUCUCGAGUGUGGCCGAUCUGUGUAGUAAUAGGAAUAGUUCUAGCUGACUACCGCACUGUGUUGUGUUUGUCGGGGGCGUGUGGUUAUGUAAUGCCUCUCAGGGGGAGCAGAUUAAAUUGCAAUUUUGUCAAGUCGUUAUAGAAAGUGUAGGAGAAAGAGGAGUCUGGUGACUCAGUCUCCCUUGUGCAACUUGUCAGUGGAGCAGUACCUGGUUUUCCAUUGGGGUGGCAGCUGCUGGUAUAUUUUACUAAUAAUAUGCAUGUUUGUGUAAAUAUGCCUAUAUUGUGGGGGUUUUUUGUUUACUUAUGUUGUAAGUUGCUUGGAGAUCUUCUUUCGUAAUGAGUGACUAACCAAUUUAAUUACCAUGGCCCUGUUUUUUUAAAGAGAAGUGGGAGAGGAGGGGUUUAAAUAUGCUCUCUGUUCCUGGUUUUUUUUUUUUAAAAAAAAUUCAUUUGUAUUAGAUUUUACAAGCAAACAAAAAAAGUUUAUAACAAUACCAAAUCCAUAUCCAUUUAAAGAGAUUUCUCUGAAUCUCACAACUUCCCCUCCAACCCUUCCUUGGGUCCUAGUGUGAACAUUUUCAAAAACAUAUUAUUUUGUGAUCUAUUUUUUGUAUUUAUCCAUAUUAUCCAUAAUACCUGUUACAUUACAAGUGAUAUUAAAUUCUAAUAAUAAAUAAAUAAUAAUAAAUUAAAGUCCUGCUAAUAUUUUCAUCUGUUUACAGUGGUCUCCUAAGUAAAUUAUAAAUUUCCCCCAAUUAUUUUUUUUUAAAGUUUUUGUCUUCUUGGUUCCUGAGUUUCCCAGUCAGCUUUGCCAUUUUGGCAUAGUCCCAUCAGCUUAGUCUGCCAUUCCUCUUUGGUAGGGACUCUUUCUUCUUUUCAUCUCUGGGCUAGUAGCACCCGUUCCUGUUUUUGAAAAUGCAAUUUUUUAAAAGAAGAAAUUAAGCCAUCUGUGUUAUACCAAAUGAUCAGCUGUUAAGGUUUGCAAGUGCACCAGCCAGCUGACUGGCGUCAUCAGUCAGCUGAUUGACAGUGCAGAUUUGCUUUUGGCUGAGUUCUGCUUUUACCUGCCCUACAACAGAGAGAGACAGAGGGGGGGGAGGGUAAUAUAUAUAAAACAGUAGAUAGGUCUGCGGAAAGUAGUGGCAGAUAACCAUGGCAGGAACUCUCCUCUGUUUGGAUGAUAUGUUGAACUGGCUCUGCUCAUUAUCAAUGCCAUGAUGUUUGACCCCCUAGAUGUUGCCGAACUACAACUCCCAUCAGCCCCAGGCAGCAUAGCCAGUGGGCAGGGAUCAUGGGAGUUGUCCAUCAAAACCCAUUAUUAUGGUAAGGUAAAGGGACCCCUGACCAUUAGGUCUAGUCGUGACUGACUCUGGGGUUGCGGUGCUCAUAUCGCUUUAUUGGCCGAGGGAGCCGGCAUACAGCUUCCGGGUCAUGUGGCCAGCAUGACUAAGCCGCUUCUGGCGAACCAGAGCAGUGCACGGAAACGCAGUUUACCUUCUCGCCAGAGCAGUACCUACCUUCCGACCUUUUGAUUGGCAAGUCCUAGGCUCUGUGGUUUAACCCACAGCGCCCCCUGCAUUACGGUACUUGUAUUCAAAGAAUGGGCAUUCAACUGUCCUAGAACAUUUUCUCUUUUUUUGUAGAUAAUUUUUAUUAAUUUUCAUUUAAUAUUCCAAUUUGUAUCAAAUCUUGCCACAUCAUAAUAUAAACAAAUAAUGUAAACCAAUUAUACAUUCCAAAUUAAAAGAAUUUCGGGACUUCCCAUGUUCUGGAUGUCUGGAGAAAGUCUCUUACAGUUGUUCCUGCGUUUAUCUCUCUCGUUUUUCCCCAAUUUCAUAAGUCCGAUCUUAACCCAUUGUUUAGUCUUCACAGUCCUGGUGUAUGACUCUACCGUGUCCAACAAAUCCAUCUUUCUUUUAGCAUGCAGGAGGCAGUUUAUUCUGUGUUCAUAUCCUUUAACUGAUUUUUAGUGUAGUCAUCUCAGUCUUUCAUGUCACCAUUUUAUCUUCCAGGCUCUGGGCUCUGUUCCAACUCUCUCAACGCACGCCAACUCUCCUUGUCUUGAUUUAUGGCAUUUAUGGCGCAGCAGUCUUUCAGUCUUUCAAUGAGUUAAUUUACCUUUACCUUUUUAUUCCAAUUGCAGUGGUACCUUGGGUUACAGACGCUUCAGGUUACAGACUCCGCUAACCCGGAAAUAGUACCUCAGCUUAAGAACUUUACCUCAGGAUGAGAACAGAAAUCGUGCUGCAGCAGCAGGAAGCCCCAUUAGCUAAAGUGGUGCUUCAGGUUAAGAACAGUUUUAGGUUAAGAACGGACCUCCAGAACGAAUUAAGUUCUUAACCUGAGGUACCACUGUAUAAGUCUUUCAUAGUGUCCAACUUAAUGUUCCAAGUUAGCGUUCCAAAUGUGGAUCUCUGUAGAAAAGCUUUUCAACCCAGAACAUUUUCAGACCACAAUGCGAUAGUAUUUACAUGGAGAAAGGACAGAUGAACAUCAUUUCGAUGGAGCCUUAAAAAAAAGUAGUGGGAAAGGGCUAGCUAAAAUUAAAAGAUGACUUUGAAUUUUGAAAACCAAGAAACAGAUAUUAAGAUAGUGUGGGAUGCUGGAAAAGCAGUGAUGAGAGGAUUUCCCUUCCAGUGGAAUUCACUUUUUAAGAAGCAGAAGAAGUUGAAAAAUAAAGAGACCAUGUUGGGAAUAGCUCAGAAAGAAAGGGAACUUACAAAUUUUUUAAAAGGUGAAAUUGUACAAACCAUCAAAAUGUUGCGAAAAUUAUCUAUGUCGGAGCAGAAGCCGAAAUAUUUAAAGCAGAGGUCAGCAAACAUUUUCAACAGGGGGCCAGUCCACUCUCCCUCAGACCUUGCGGGGGGGCGGACUAUAUUUUUUUGGGGGGGGGGGAAUGAAGAAAUUCCUCUGCCCCACAAAUAACCCAGAGAUGCAUUUUAAAUAAAAGCACACAUUCUACUCAUGUAAAAACACACUGAUUUCCGGACUGUCUGCGGGCCGGAUUGAGAAGGUGAUUGGGCUGGAUCUGGCCCCCGGGCCUUAGUUUAGCUACCCAUGAUUUAAAGCAAUGAGCUUUUGAAUUUGCAAACAAACCAGGCAUGGAAACUUAAAAACAAGAGGGAAAACAAUUUUAUAAUUAAAGUAAGGUAAAGGUAAAGGGACCCCUGACCAUUAGGUCCAGUCGUGGCCGACUCUGGGGUUGCGGCACUCAUCUCGCUUUAUUGGUCGAGGGAGCCGGCGUACAGCUUCCGGGUCAUGUGGCCAGCAUGACUAAGCCGCUUCUGGCAAACCAGAGCAGCGCACGGAAACGCCGUUUACCUUCCCGCCGGAGCGGUACCUAUUUAUCUACUUGCACUUUGACGUCCUUUCAAAUUGCUAGGUUGGCAGGAGCAGGGACCGAGCAACGGGAGCUCACCCCGUCGCGGGGAUUCGAACCGCCCACCUUCUGAUUGGCAUUUCCUAGGCUCUGUGGUUUAACCCACAGCGCCACUUGCGACCCUUUAUAAUUAAAGUAGCAACUAAAAAUGGGACAUCGUAUGUCAAAAAAGUAAUAAGGGGGCCAAUGUUUCCCCAUGCCUGGUCUAACUCUGCCCUUUGGUCUUAUUUUAGCAGCUGGCUGUCACCGACAAGACGAUCAAGAUUGGUGAUGGCAUCCUGGUGAUGGGGAGAGCGCCCCCAGAUGCCAAGAGGUUUGUACUGAUAAAGCAGAAGAAAAAUACAUGGGUUGAAGAGGGAUGGACCCGCAUGGGGUUCUGCUGCUUCCUAUCAAAUGUGAGUUUCGUCUCCAGUAUCUCCUCUGUCUCCAUGACAGGUUUGCCAUCAACCUGGGCCGGGAUCGCCACAACCUCCUCCUCCACUUCAACCCUCGCUUUGAUACACGCGACAUUGUGUGUAACUCCAAGGCAUGUGGAGUGUGGGGUCAGGAGCUGCGAGAGUCGCUGUUCCCUUUCCAGCAGGGAGAAGAAGCCAAGGUGAAUAUGGGGAUACGCCAUUAGCUCAGGGGUGGAGCAUCGACCUCACAAGCAAGAGGUCACAGGUUCAGUCCCUGGAAUUUCCAGGUAGGGCGGGAAAAGUCUCUUGCCUGAAACUCAGGAAAGCCACUGCCAAUCAUUCCAGACCAGUGGUUCCCAAAUAGCUAAGUACAGUGGUACCUCGGGUUAAGUACUCAAUUCGUUCCGGAGGUCUGUUCUUAACCUGAAACUGUUCUUAACCUGAAGCACCACUUUAGCUAAUGGGGCCUCCCGCUGCCGCUGCGCUGCCACCGCACGAUUUCUGUUCUCAUCCUGAAGCAAAGUUCUUAACCUGAAGCACUAUUUCUGGGUCAGCGAAGUCUGUAACCUGAAGCGUAUGUAACCUGAAGCGUACGUAACCUGAGGUACCACUGUACUGCGAACCCUCUAUUUUUCCAAAAGCCAAGCCACAGACUCUCACACUUUUGAAAAUGUUGAUAUUUCUGUGCCACCAUUAGGGCUGGGCGAUAUAUCAAUAAUAUCGUCUGAAACCGGUUUGAAGCCCAUCUCGUGAUAAUCGGUUUAUAGUUUUUGACCUGGCAAUAUAUCGCGAAUCGUGAUGUGUGCUAGGACUGGGCAAUAGAUAUACUGUCCAAAAGCAGUUUCAAGUCCAUAUUGUGAUAAUGGUUUUGUAGUUUUUGAGCUGGCAAUACAUGGUGAAUCGUGAAAUGUGUGUGCGCGCGCUAUGCAAAAAUCACAAUGUGGGGAGUGAAACCAGCCAAUGACUCUACAUAGCUCCAUCCUUAUUUCAGACAUCUUGAUAUAUCGCAAUGUUUAGCUGGUGAUAUAUUGUGAUGUUGCAAAACCAGAAAUCCCUCAGCCCUAGGCACCAACAUGUCUUAGCACAAAACCAGGCUAUGCACCUUCCGGGCCACACUCCUGCACAAGUCACAUGACCAACAUGAGAGCACAGUGCUCAAAAACGGGGUGUUAAUAGGUAUUUGCCAUGGACCUUCUGGGUGGGCUACGUGGAUCCCCAAUUGGGAACCAGUGCUUUAGACAAUACAGUCAUACCUCGGGUUGAAGUUGCUUCAGGUUGAGCGUUUUCGGGUUGCGCUCCGUGGUGACCCGGAAGUAACGGAACGUGUUACUUCCGGGUUUCGUUGCUCGCGCAUGCGCAGACGCUCAAAAUGACGUCACUCGCAUGCGCAGAAGUGGCGAAUCAUGACCUGCGCACAAGCAGACGCAGGUUGCGUUCGCUUCAGGAUGCAAACGGGGCUCCAGAGCGGCUCUCAUUCGUAUCCAGAGGUACCACAGUACUGAGCUUGAUGAUCGAUCAAUGGUCUUAACUCGCUUUAAGGCCGUUUCCUGUGUUCCUUGUAAGGUGAGUUGGAUAAUGUGGUGCUGCCACACUGAAUGCCCUAUUCCUGGUAACCAGAGCCGUCUUUCCUAUAGGGCUUAGUGGUUCGUUGCGCCAGGGCGUCGGCCUCAGGGGUGCCCAGCGAGUGGAGGAGCUGCGCGGCUUUGCCAGCGGCCUCCCCUUCCCCUGCAUGUCCACCAGCUGCACCAUAUAGUCCCCCCCCCCGGCUGGCAGUGCGCAGCUUCACCCCCCCCAUCCAUGGUAAUUUGAGGGCACUGGGUGGAUAUUUGCACCCCGGCGCUGCAUCUGCUAAACACAGCCCUUCUGGUAAUCCCAGAGUGAGCACUGUCCAAAGUGCCUCUGCUGCAAUUUGGGGCCAUUUGCUCCACCAGUUUCCCUCUGCCCUCAGUCAGCUCCCACCUUCUGGCUGGAGAAGAAAGAAUGGACCGCAUUGUACCAAAGGUCUAUCUAGAACUACAACUCCCAUCAACCCCAGCAAACAGCCUGGCUGACACUUGUUGCACUCCAACAAAUUCUGGUGAGCACCAGGUUGGCUAAGUCAUUGGUUUCUCCUUGCUAGAUCUCCAUCUCCUUUGACGCCAGGGCGGUGACGGUGACGAUGCCAGGAAACAAGGAGAUCAAGUUCCCCAACCGGCUCGGGAUGGAUUCUGCACAGUUCUUCUCGGUGGCUGGAGACUUCAAGAUCAAAUCCGUCAAGUUUCUGAACUAUUAUGCUCCCUUUGCAGCUCUGAACUAGCUGGGGGAAAGAAUGUGCAAAUAAAGUCCCGUCUCCCAGAGUUUCUGUUGUUUGAAUGCGAAAUCGGGAACCAUGUCCUCCAAAUUACUUCACCAAUUACCGUAUUUUUCGCUCUAUAAGACGCACCAGACGACAAGGCGCACCUAGUUUUUGGAGGAAGAGAACAAGAAAAAAAAUAUUCUGAAUCUCAGAAGCCAGAACAGCAAGAGGGAUCGCUGCGCAGUGAAAGCAGCAAUCCCUCUUGCUGUUCUGGCUUCUGGGAUAGCUGCGCAGCCUGCAUUCACUCCAUAAGACGCACACACAUUUCCCCUUACUUUUUAGGGGGGGAAAAGUGAGUCUUAUAGAGCAAAAAAUACGGUAGUUAACCAAGGUGUUAACUCAGGGUGCCUCUGGGCUGUCAGUGGUUGCUGGAGGGGACUGAGCUGCACACCAGUGUGGUGUAGUGGUUAAGAGUGGUAGCCUCAUAAUCUGGGGAACCGGGUUUGAUUCCCCGCUCCUCCACAUGCAGCUGCUGGGUGACCUUGGGCCAGUCACACUUCUCUGAAGUCUCUCAGCCCCACUCACCUCACAGAGUGUUUGUUGUGGGGGAGGAAGGGAAAGGAGAAUGUGAGCCGCUUUGAGACUCUUUUGGGUAGUGAUAAAGCGGGAUAUCAAAUCCAAACUCUUCUUCUUCUUUUGGUUUGCACACUUAAAGGGGGUUAAAGUGCUGUGCUGCCCUAGUGCAAAAAAUCCACUUAAACAGAAAUAAAUAAAGCCACAAACUUGCAUUUUGGAAUGUGAUGACAAAAUACCUCCAGGGGUUUGGGUGGAUGAAUGACAAAGGUCGUGUAAACGCCCUGCAAGAACAUCAGGACGAAUGCUCAUUGCUGAACCGUAAAUGAAUCAAAACAAAUGGCCAGCUAUAAUCUAACCUCUCUGUAAUCAGUGUGCAAGCAAAUCAGGAUAUAUACUCAAUAAAUGGUUUAUCUGGAGGGACCCUUAGCAGCCUCUGCCUUUUAGUCCAUUUUAGUGUAUUGUCUAUUAUACAGUGGUAGCUCAGGUUAAGUACUUAAUUCGUUCCAGAGAUCCGUUCUUAACCUGAAACUGUUCUUAACCUGAAGCACCACUUUAGCUAAUGGGGCCUCCUGCUGCCGCCGUGCCACUGGAGCCCAAUUUCUGUUUUUUUCCUUUUUUUUUGGAAAAGUUUUUAUUAUUAAAAUAAUUCAGCAUUAAUACACACAUAUUGCAAAUAUACAAACAUACAUUUCAUACAAUCCUUAAAAAUGUUCAAACAUACCUACACUCAAUCCCACAGAUAAUUCCUUCUGGAGGUCUGUUCUUAACCUGAAACUGUUCUUAACCUGAAGCACCACUUUAGCUAAUGGGGCCUCCUGCUGCCGCCGCGCCGCUGGAGCCCAAUUUCUGUUCUUAUCCUGAAGCAAAGUUCUUAACCCGAGGUACUAUUUCUGGGUUAGCGGAGUGUGUAACCUGAAGCGUAUGUAACCCGAGGUACCUCUGUAUAAUGCCAGAUAUUCCUCCCAAGAGCUCAAGCUGUCUCUCCCCAUUCUAUCCUAACAGCAGCCCUGAGAGAUGGUGACUGGUCCAAGGCUCUUGAGUUUCAUGGCUGAGUGGAGAUUCAAACCCAGUCUCCUAGGUCCUAGUUCAGCACUCUUACUACACCACACUGAAAGAGUCAGCAACUUGCAGAGAUGAUGAUUAUUAUUAUUUCUACCCUGCCCACCUGGAUGGGUUUCCCCAGCCACUCUGAGCGGCUUUCAACAGAACAUUAAAAACAGAAUAAAACUUCAAACAUUAAAAACUUCCCUAAACAGAUGUAGCCAUACGAGGGAGCAAUCCUAACUAUGGGAAGCCAGCGCAAUUUAUCCCGGUUUAGGUGAAGCUGGUGUAAAGCACGCCUGACCCAAAUCUGUUCAGGAGCAGUGUUCCUGCCAGCUGAGCCAUCGUGAGUCUGGCAGAGGGAAAGGUAAAGGUAAAGGUAAAGGGACCCCUGGCCAUUAGGUCCAGUCGUGACCGACUCUGGGGUUGCGGCGCUCAUCUCGCUUUACUGGCCGAGGGAGCCGGCGUACAGCUUCUGGGUCAUGUGGCCAGCAUGACUAAGCCGCUUCUGGCGAACCAGAGCAGCCCACGGAAACGCCGUUUACCUUCCCGCUGGAGCGGUACCUAUUUAUCUACUUGCACUUUGAUGUGCUUUCGAACUGCUAGGUUGGCAGGAGCAGGGACCCAGCAACGGGAGCUCAUCCUGUCGCGGGGAUUCGAACCGCCAACCUUCUGAUCGGCAAGUCCUAGGCUCUGUGGUUUAACCCACAGCACCACCAACGUGCCUCUAGAGGCCUCAUUAAUAACAUUUUUGUACAUGUACAAUUCUGGAGUUCAAGGUGCAAGAUGAUAACAGGCCGACCAAUUCUUAUAAUGACAGCAGCUAAGAUUAUCCCCCCCGGGGACAGAGGAAGGUGUUUUGGAAGGCGACGAGAAACACCUGCCCACCGUCUCUGUCAAAUCAGCUUCAAUGCAAAUAGAAGCUGUGGGAGCACAGAGGGGGCCCUUUAAGUUGGCAGGUCUCCAUUAAAAACAUCUUAUUAGCAUCAGUGCAGAUGCAGUUGGGAGUAAUUUGGCUGUUAACGUCUCCCAACUGUGUCUGAGCUAAUGAUCCCUGGGAGGCACCCACAGACUUGCACAGUGUGAAUUCACCAAGGAGGAAUCCACACAAGAGAUUCUUAAUCAUCAUCAUCAUUUUUUAGCGCCUUUAAAAAAUGCUGUGCAGUAAUUGAUGUUUAGCUGUUGUGGCUUUCCCCAAAAGAAUUAGGGACUUUACUUUGAUGAUGGUGUUGUUGAGAGAGUCCCUGUAACAAAGGGAUCAUUUCUUUCUUUCUUUUCUAAAAUUGUUAUUAGAAUUUUCAACAUAACAGUUUAUCAAAAACAUAUCAUCCUCAUUUUUCCCCUUAGUUUUUCCCUCCCCAAGAAACACCCCCUCCCACCCCCAGACUUCCCUCAGGUCCUCUCUCUGGUUUUUCAACAUAUGUUAUUUUCUGCAUAUUGUAAAAUUGUAAAGAUCCUUAAUUUAUCUGUAUAUGUUACCAAUACAGUGGUACCUCAGGUUACAUACGCUUCAGGUUACACACGCUUCAGGUUACAGACUCUGCUAACCCAGAAAUAGUGCUUCAGGUUAAGAACUUUGCUUCAGGAUAAGAACAGAAAUCGUGCUCCGGUGGCGCGGCGGCAGCAGGAGGCCCCAUUAGCUAAAGUGGUGCUUCAGGUUAAGAACAGUUUCAGGUUAAGUACGGACCUCUGGAACGAGUUAAGUACUUAACCCGAGGUACCACUGUAAUAAAUUUGUGUAUGUUUAUUCAAAACCUGCCAAGGAGUCCAGUUCACUUUGUUGUUUCUUUAAGUACUUUGUAAAAGGUUCCCAUUCUUCUUUAAAGUCACCGUUGUCCUUAUCACGCAGUUUAUGUGUCAGUUUCGCCAAUUCCACAUAAUCCAUCAGUUUCUCUUGCCACAGUUAUUUGGUCGGGAUUUCUUCCUUCUUCCAUCCUUGUGCUAGAGUAAGACUCUUGCCGCCGUUGUCGCGUACAUAAAUAUGUUCUUCAAUUUCCUUGGCAGGACAGAGGGAUCAUUUCUACACCCAAAGAAGAGGAGAAAUCCCCAACGAAAGAUUUUGUUUGGAUACAUUACACAGUAAUUUUGCCCAUGUUUUCACUGGUAAGGUCAAUCACACUUUUAUUUUCUAGGCAUGCAUGGGGAAUUCAGAGAGAGGGGGAGAUAUAUGGCUUAAAGUCUUAACAGAUUAAAACAAGGUUUAUUUGUCUGAAGGUUUAAUUUCGGCCUCCGAAUAAAGUUGUAAGAACAUAAUAAUUGCUCUGCUGCUAAAGUAGCUCACUUUCUUUCAGGCUUUACAUUUGGUCACUACAGGUGUACGUUAUAUCUGCAAGGUAUUUGCCAAAUUCCAACAAGCACGACAACAAUGUGCUAUACAUUUAAAGCAGUAUCAUACCUCUUUAUACUUCCAUGGCUUCCCCCAAAGGAUCCUGAGAACUGUAGUUCGUUAAGGAUAAUGAGAGAUGCAUGGAGACCCCAUUCCCUUCGGAGCAACGAUUCGCAGAUAUCCUGAGGGAUUGACUGUUAAAUCACGCAGAGAAUUGAGGCUCUGAGAGAUCAUUCUAGUAGCAGCUGCCCAGAGCAAUCCUAUAUACUUAUUUACCUGGGUGUAAUUUACCUGGAUCCAAUGGGACUUAACAUCUGAGUAGAUGUGUGAGGUUGUUCUGUGACAGACUCAAAAACAGUGACAGACUCAAAAACAUUGCUUGGACAUUUUGUGGGUGGUGAUGCCCUGAUCUUCCAUCAGCAUGGCCAACAGCCAGAGAUGAUGGGAAUUGAGAGCCAGUGUGGUGUAGUGGUUAAGAGUGGUAGUCUCCUAAUCUGGGGAACCGGGUUCGCGUCUCCGCUCUUCCACAUGCAGCUGCUGGGUGACCUUGGGCCAGUCACACUUCUUUGAAGUCUCUCAGCCCCACUCACCUCACACAGUGUUUGUUGUGGGGGAGGAAGGGAAAGGAGAAUGUUAGCUGCUUUGAGACUCCUGAAGGGGAGUGAAAGGCGGGAUAUCAAAUCCAAACUCCUCUUCUUCUUCUUCUUCUUCUUCUUCUUCUUCUUCUUCUUGUAGUUCAACACUUUCUCUAUGUCAAGCGUCAGCAGACUUUUUCAGCAGGGGGCUGGUCCACUGUCCCUCAGACCUUGUGGGGGGCCAGACUAUAUUUUUGGGAGGGAAAAAAAGAACGAAUUCCUAUGCCCCACAAAUAACCCAGAGAUGCGUUUAAAAUAAAAGGACACAUUCUGCUCAUGUAAAAACACCAGGCAGACCCACAAAAUAACCCAGAGAUGCAUUUCAAAUAAAAGCACACAUUCUACUCAUGUAAAAAUACGCUGAUUCCCAGACCAUCCGCAGGCCAGAUUUAGAAGGCGAUUGGGCCAGAUCCGGCCCCCGGGCCUUAGUUUGCCUACCCAUGCUCUAUGUCAGUGAUGGCCAAACUUGGCCCUCCAGCUGUUUUGGGACUACAAUUCCCAUCAUCCCUGACCACUGGUCCUGUUAGCUAGGGAUGAUGGGAGUUGUAGUCCCAAGACAACUGGAGGGCCAAGUUUGGCCAUCACUGCUCUAUGUUCAUAAUGCUGGGACCUGACUAAAAUUAUGGGUUCCUCACAUGGAGUCAGGAAUGCAAAGGACAUCGAAUGUACCGAGAGAGACACAAGUCACGUCACUUAGCAAUUUGGUUAAUGAUUGGAGAGACUCCAAUUUCCAUUGGCCAUUCUCUUCCUCUCUGAUUGAUUGGUCCUUACAGGCUUGUUUCUGAUUGGCAGGAAGAGGGCCACACCUCCUCUUGGCCACUAUUUAAAGCUCAGGCAGAAAAAGGAAGACUUGCUUGCUUUUGUGUUUGUCAGCAGCUGAGUCAUCAAACCUUCACAAUGGAGACUGUAAGUUGUCCGGAGGGAGUGGGCUAUGAGAGUAUGAGAGGAGUUUAUUUUGUUCUUUAAUGUUAGAUAGGGUCAGCUGGUAAGCAUUUUAGCUUACUGUUUAAUCUUCUUAAGUACGGAAGUCAGCCCGGUAGAAUAGAUGGAGGCUUAUUUCUAAGUGGAGCUGAGAGAUUGCAGCCUUAAUGAGUCGGGGAACAGAGGUUGGCGGCUCUGAGUCAAUAAUAGUUUUCUGCGGCUCAUUGUGGCAUGCCCAUAUCUAAGGAUUCUUGAAUGUUGCUCUAGCAAAACCUUCUUAAAACCGUUCUCCCCAAAAGCUCCGCUGCUGGACAGAAUGCAAAAGGAACUAGCAAUCCAAUCCAAUCCAUUCUGUCUGGGUCUGCGAGGUUGCAAAUCCUAUUGUGCUUCUGUGUACUUCUGGGUGUAAACGUGGGGUUAGAAUUGCAGCCAGUGGUGAUAGUUUCCUAGUUCCUUGUCGUAUGGGUCAAGGUGGAUGAACUGUUCAUAGCUGCAGCAGUCCCUUCUGAAUGAAGGCUAGUAUUGCCUAGUACUUCGAGCUCAAAGAACUGCCCUGGCCCUACCGUUUAGGCCAGGUGACAUUCCAGCCUCAGGCAGUUGACGCUGGGCGUUGUGAAAGGGUAGCAAAUUCGCGGCAUCUAACUUCCCGUAUCUCCUUACUGCUAGAAAAAGGAAAGGUUCCUGUAAAUUGUUAGAGGUGGCCGGCUGUGCGUAAUUUGCUUUGGGCAACAAAAUGUAUCUUUCACCGUCUUUCCUGUUUUUGCUCGGUAGAGCGUGAGACUCUUAAUCUCGGGGUCACUGGUGGAUGAAAAAUUCUUGCAUUGCAGGGGUUGGACUAGAUGACAUUCAUGGUCCCUUCCAACUCUACAGUUAUGUUUAUCCAUGAGUUGAUUAUGAACAGAAGGAGUCAAGGCUACGGCAGUUACUCAUGCCUUCAGAGUAGCUAUUUGCUGAUAUAAGGGCUGGUAAUAAACUAAUUUAAUUAUUGUGCUGUGCAUGUGACCAGGCAUGCCUUUAGAAAUUAUUCGGCGGUGCAGCUAGAUAUUAAAUUGCUUAAAGCUCUCUGGGCUUCAUUUUCUUAUUGUUUUCCUGUUUAGAUCAUGCCUAUUACUUAAAUUCACUUCAAACUGUAGCAAAGCAACUCUGCUAUGUUUGGGGCCUUCCGGCAUAUUCCACAGAGUGUGGCCCUGAAUCUCUGCCCGAAAGUUUUCCCUGAUGAUGCCACUGGGCUUAUUAGGGGUUGUACAUGUUCGUUGUUGCUCUGCAAGCCAUGAUACUACGUGGAAGACUUGUGGGUAGGAGGAUGCCAGCCAUUGUCUGGUCUGGCCUUGAGGAGGGCAGAGGCCUUGUGGGCAAAACGGAAAGGCAAACGCUUGGCUAUAGCUCCUCAUGAUAACGGACAUUCCUGAAAAAAGACGUCUUUGAUUUUCUUAACCAAAAAAAGAACAUUCCUGUUGGAUUGGGUCAGAGAAACUCAAACAACUCGUCUUGCUCAUUUACUCAUUAACUACAUGGAGAGAGCCUGCAGCUGGCUUCUUGUGAAACGGAAUCGAAAUAGCCAAAUUUUCUCACCUGUACAAACACAUUUGUUAAAGCACUAAUGGUUUUCUGUAAUGUUGUAAACAAAAAUCUGCCCCUUUUUCCCUUAUGGCGUAUCCAAGAGCCCAUAUAGAGUCCUUACGUAGGUUCCCUAUUGGUAGGAGAAAAUAACAGAGGCCAACCAGAGAAUAUUGAGAAGCAAAGCAGCUAGUAAGCUUGAUCUUUAUUGAUCUGUUGCAACAGGGUCCUCAACUCACCACACAAAGGAGGGAGGAGGAACCCAGAACAAUGGCGCGCAAGGCCUUAUAAAGACUUUUGAAAUUGCCAUCCUGUAGAUCAAGACCACCCCCAGAAACAUCAUACAUACAUCACAGAAGGGGUGUAACCUAAGACCACCCCCCAGAUAGAUCAUACCUUCAUCACAGAAAAGGCGGUCUAAAACAGAAAUUUGAAUGUUGUUUUUCUCCUGUCGUUGUUUAUCUCCUGUCUGGCAGGUUACUUGAUUGGAUUGCCUGGGGAGCCUGGCCAUUCUUUUGUAAUGAUAAAUACUUAGUUCCUGGGCCAGGACACAGGCUCACACCCUAUUCAUAUCUUAAAUGUACCCCCCAAGACAGGAUCCGUGAGGAAAGAGACAAUGGGGAGGUUUCCCACUUUGACCUUGCAGAGAAAUCGUUUGCUCAGUUUGGGAAUCAAAUGGUUCCAGGUCGGUCUUCCUGUGCUGAUCUAUGUAUGUGCUUGGUUGGUACGCUUAUGAACAUUACCAUAUAUCUAAGACCUCAAAAUUCCUAUCACAGUGCCUCGCCCCACAUCAUAAUUUUAUUCUGAAGUAAUGAACUCUUUGUGUGACUCCCUUGUCUGACGUGAACUGCAUCUGCAACCAACAUAGUACCCUCCAGCUGUUGGGGACUCCCACUCCCAUCCUCUCUGGCCAUUGACCAUUUUGCUGGGGUCUGAUGGGAGCUGGAGUCCAGCAAGAGCUGGAGGCCACAGGUGAGCUGUCCCGAAAAUGCCUCUCUUCCAGCUAGAUUCCUAGAAUUGCUGGGAAAUGGGGAAGGCUUGUAAUUUCUUGCCCUGUGUCCCUGCUCUGCAUAUGGGAGCAUUCACAAGGAAACCAGCAAUAACAGCUGUGUAACACUUUGUCUGUGAUCAUGUCCAGACCAUAGAUUUAAAUCGCUCAUAUACUUGGUUUCUCCUAAAGAAUAUUGGGAACUGUGGUUUAAGAUUUUAACAACUCUACAGUUCCCAGGAAUCUUUGGGAACAUAGCUGUUUUAAAGUGGUAUGAGUGUUUUAAAUGUAUAAUACAGAUGUGACCUACUUCUCCGGUUGGAUCUCUGGUUCCUUCUCCCUUCCCCUUCCAUGCUUGCAAAAUUACAGUUCCCAGGUUUCCUGGGAAAGGGUGGGGGUGUUCCAAACCUUUUUUUGGGGGGGUGGGCACCAGUCAUAACAUGGCUGUUGUCGUGGGGUUGGGAUAAUGCGAAAUGGUGCCUGUGGAAUUGUGGCGCAAUACAAGAUGGCGGUGGCGGUGCAGCAUAGCAUAAUGCAAAAUGGCCGCCACAUCUGAAAGACCAGAAGCAGAACAUAGCUGUCAACGUUUCCCUUUUUUAAAGGGAAAUUCCCUUAUUCCGAAUAGGAUUCCUCGCAUGAAAAGGGAAAAGUUGACAGCUAUGGACCAGAACAUGAUAUGGACAUGUCCCCUCCAUCAAUGGAAAUAAUGGCCACUGCCCCCACUUGCUCACAGCAAGAAGCCUGUUACAUGUCUCCUUCAUUCGGAAUAGGUGGAUAUCUAAUUCUGGAACCCAAUGAGCUGUGGGCAUGUUUAAGGGUUGUGUGUUCAAUAAUAGAGAGGCCAAGCCAGUGGGGGGUGGGGACAAGGAAACAAUACUUCAUUGAUUAGGUGCAGCUGGGCCAUUUGUGGGAACUGCAAAUAUUUGCAGAGUUUCUUCCAAAAGAAAUUGUAGUGGAAAUGGUUCCCCUUUCCAGAUAGGAAUGACCUUGGAGAAGAUGUUACCUGUGUGCAUUCUAAUGCUCUUGUUUCUACCUUUCCUCCAGCAAAUGGUUUUUUCCCACUUGUCAAUCAAGCCCGGUGAAUGCAUCAAAGUGAAGGGGAAAGUGCCACCAGAGGCCAAAAGGUUUGUGUUAUUGAAGGUGGGCUGGUUUAUUUUUGUUGGUGCAAAAAAAACCCAAAAAAACAUAUAGAAAGGAGAAUUCCUGAAUGCCAAGAUCUAAGUUUGGGGCAAGUACUCUGGUGAAUGAACUCCAGCAGAGAUUUAAAGUCACAAAAUAUGCAGCAAAGCAGAGCGUGGAAAUACAGGCUGUAUUUAAAAUAUGCCCCUCCAAAAUGUCCCCCUAAAAAAAUCUUUCCAAAGUUUCUCUCUUCCCCCUGCAUAAGAAAAGACCACAUGUUUGGUAUGUUAUAAAUGGUUUACUUACAAACUCUCCAAAGGUCAGAUUCAUGUGCUUCAGAAAAGUUGCACAGGCAGUAAAACCUAGCUUGGUUACAAAGUGGUGAAAGUGCCUAAAUUAUUGGUAUAUGAACUCAGUCAUGGUUUAUGAGAGCCAUGCUGUUGGAGCAACCAAUACAUUAUUGGAAUGAUCAGGUCAAGAUACAGUACAACCAUAUAUUUUUAAUUAGUAAUCUAACCAGCCACUGAUGCUGAUCACUACUAAAGGAUGCUUAGCUUAACUUUCCUUAAGAAUUAUUAGAUGCUAUUUUUGUGUGCUUUUAUGGGCUCCUCCAGAUGAACUGUUCAUCCUGCUUUUCACAGCUUACGUGAAGCUUAUACAAUGCCUGCUCUUUACUGAGUGUUUGUUCUGACUGUGGAGGCAGAGUAUAGAUUUUUGGGGGAGGUGACAUAGCUUCCCAUUAAUCAUUAUCUGACUCCUCUUAGUACAAGCGAGUUAAACGGUCCCAUGAUCACCACCACCAGUCUGUUAAAGGACUUGAAAGAUGCAGUCAGAUACCUUCAGCAGUGGCUUAGCGUAGGUUGGCAGUGCCCGGGGCCACAUGGAGGGGGUGAGAGGGAGGUAAAUGGAUGUAGUACGCAUGCACAUUCAACUGCUUAAUGGCAUCCGCAUCACCCGGGAGAUAGCAGCUGCAGAGAUAAGAAGAGUUGACUUCCUUUGUCUGCAGAGGUUACUUCCUGGUUCACAUGGAGAAGUUGUUUUCAAUGGAGCCCAGCGACAGAAGCACACAACUGUAUUGAGGCAGCACCGGGUGUUGAAAUUUGCGCCCCGGGUAACUGCCCCCACGCUACACCACUGCCAAACAGGACUUUAGCCAAGUCACAAACCCAGGCUAGGUUCUUGUCAAUCAGCAACAGUAUCCUACUUCCAAUAUCACCAUAACAAUAGAACCGUUAGACUUUGUCUCCGCCAGCUCCUGCUAAUCCACCUUGUGAGUGUUGGUCUCAUGUGGUCCUCCCCUCUUUCCAGCUUUGCCCUCAACUUGUGCCACGAUGAUUCAGACACGAUCCUCCACUUCAAUCCUCGCUUUGAUAGUCACGGAGACGUCAACACCAUUGUGUGCAACUCAAAGACGAAUGGUCAGUGGGACUCGGAGCUGCGGGAGUCGGUGUUCCCCUUCCAGCAGGGAGAAGACACCAAGGUGAGCAGGAAUAGCCUCAGCACCGCCAGAACUUCAAGGAGAGGCAGUGGUCAUUCCUGGAUUGGGGGGCUCCUUGGGCACUGGGAACUUCUAAAUAAGUUGGAUUUUUGGUCCAUCUCUCUCAGCACUGCCUUUGCUACCUGGCAUUGACUCUCCUGGUAUUAAGUAGUGAGUGGACAUAGCAGACGACAGAGAUUUCUCCCAAGUAGUUCUUUAUAAGUAAACUGGAACUGAACUGAACUGCAAACAGCUCAGCCGGCCUGCUUUUAUAGGCAGCCGACUGUCAACAUCAUAACGACACAGGGUUUCCCGCCUAAAUUAACUGACGUGGACCUGAGAGAAAACUAUAUACACAAUACGCCCUGGUGGCCGGGGUGAGAACUUCAAUACAUAACACCUGGGUUUCAGGGAGAGGCUACCUGAAGAUGCUGAAAAAUUGAACCCAGGAUCUUCUGCAUGUGAUAUGGUUGCUCUUUCCCCUGGGCUAUAGCAUUCUCAGAGGGGCUGCUAACCAGAUAGGAAUGUAAUGAAUUAAUUCUCUUGUGCUACUUCUGCCUUUCUGAGGGGGUUCUGAAGUGAAGUAUGAUCAUUUGUGGUGAAUCUCUCUCUCAAUUUCGGCACAUAAUUUCUUAUAAUAAUUUAUUAUUUAUACCCUGCCCAUCUGGCUGGGCUUACCCAGCCACUCUGGGCGGCUUCCAACAAAAGAUUAAAAAUACAUUAAAACAUCAGUCAUUAAAAACUUCCCUAAACAGGGCUGCCUUCAGAUGUCUUCUAAAAGUCAGAUAGUUGUUGUUCUUUGACAUCUGAUGGGAGGGCGUUCCACAGGGUGGGUGCCACUACCGAGAAGGCCCUCUGCCUGGUUCCCUGUAACUUGGCUUCUUUCAGUAAGGGAACAGCCAGAAGACCCUCGGAGCUGGACCUCAGUGUCCGGGCUGAACGAUGGGGGUGGAGAUGCUCCUUGAGGUAUACCAGACCAAGGCUGUUUAGGGCUUUAAAGGUCAGCACCAACACUUUGAAUUGUGCUUGGAAACAUACUGGGAGCCAGUGUAGGUCUUUCAAGACCGGUGUUAUGUGGUCUCAGCAGCUGCUCCCAGUCACCAGUCUAGCUGCCACAUUCUGGAUUAGUUGUAGUUGUUGUUUCUGGGUCACCUUAAAAGGUAGCCCCACAUAGAGCCCAUUGCAGUAGCCCAAGCGAGAGAUAACCAGAGCAUGCACCACUCUGGUGAGACAGUCCGUGGGCAGGUAGGGUCUCAGCCUGCGUACCAGAUGGAGCUGGUAGACAGCUGCCCUGGACACAGAAUUGACCUGCGCCUCCAUGGACAGCUGUGAGUCCAAAAUGACUCCCAGACUGUGCACCUGGUCCUUCAGGGGCACAGUAACCCCAUUCAGGACCAGGGCGUCCUCCACACCUGCCCUCCUCCUGCCCCCCCCAAGAAGACAGUACUUCUGUCUUGUUAGGAUUCAACCUCAAUCUGUUAGCCGCCAUCCAUCCUCCAACUGCCUCCAGACACCCCCUGCAAUGCAGGCAUCUCAACACAUGGUUUCCCAUCUAAUUUGAAACCAUAGCAGACCCUGCUUAGCUUUUCAAACGUUCUAGCAAUUUUAUUGCUGCACCACUAGAGGGAGAGAAAGGAUAGGUGUGUUUUGGUAUGAAAAGCAUCAAUUAGCUGGGGUUUUUUCGUUAAAAAAGAGGGCUGCAUCCAUGUCCUGUUUACAGUAGACCCCUUGAAAUGAAUGAGCUCAAUUUUUCCAUGCCUAUUAAUUCAGGGGGCCUACCCUAAGUAGAACUGGCAUUGGCUACAACUCUGAAUUUCUCUCCCCAACCUUAAUUUCUACAGCCAAAUGAUGAGUGUCAUGGUUUCAGGUUGAACUGCCCUAACAGAACCCCCCAAACAAAAUUGGUCAGGAGGUGUAAUUGCAAGGGUGAUAGUAGUUUGUAUUUCCCUCCCUCCCUCCAUUAAUCCACUCCUGUUUGGGUCAUAAAUCUCUUGGAAGCAUCUAAUUGCCUCUUUCCAAGGAACAACCCAUGAACCUAACUCCUUGACUCCUCUUCUUCCCAGAUCUGUUUGUCCUUUGAUUACGAGGCAGUGACUGUGAAGAUCAAUGGAGACCAGGAAGUCAAGUUCCCUAAUCGGCUUGGGGCGAAUUCUGCAAAAAUAUUCUCAGUGGAGGGAGACAUUGCGAUCAGAAGUGUCAAGUUUGACUGAAGUUCAGCCAUGUCUUAUUUUGUAUGUCUAUAGAAGGAAAAACAGAAAAUAAAAUGUGUUGCUUGACCUUGUCUGCCUUGCCAUUUUCCUGGGGAUUCCUUGUUGUUGUUUAGUCGUUCAGUCAUGUCCGACUCUUUGUGACCCCAUGGACCAGAGCACGCCAGGCACUC